CGCCGCUGAUUGACUCGUCGGCCGAUGCGAAAUCCCCUCCCUAAACCCUCCAUAGCCACGACCGAGGAGGCUGCCUGAGAGAGGGAAAGAGGAGAGAGGAGCCAUGUUCAGGAGCGGCCGAGCGAUCUCGUCGUUCCUGAAGCGGAGCCGAGCCCCGAACGGCGGCUUCUGCCGAGACGCCGCGGCGCCGCCCAGGCCACCGGCCGAGCGCCCUCCGUACAGGCCGUUCGCCUCGACCGCCGGGAGGACCUCGCUCCGCCCGUUCGGCUCGCUCCCGGCCAAGGUGAGGCAUUUGCCGCUAUGGAGGAGCAUGUCCACCACUGCGUCCGUUCCGUUGCAGACCAAGGAGGGGCUGAAGCUGCUUGUGACUGGAGGGCCUCAAGCUCAAAAGUGGGUUGGGAUCUGGCUUUUUGGGUCGGCCGCAUGGGUGUUCACUAUGGUGGUACUAGGUGGUGUCACGCGCUUGACUCGUUCUGGUCUAUCCAUGACUGAUUGGAAAUUUACUGGUGGCCUUCCUCCUCUGUCUGAUGAGGACUGGCUGCUGGAGUUUGAGAAAUACAAGCAGUCUCCUGAAUUUAAACGUAUAAACAGAGGGAUGAGUAUUGAAGAAUUCAAAUUUAUCUACUGGAUGGAGUAUGCCCAUCGGAUGUGGGGAAGGGCUCUGGGAAUCAUGUUUGCUUUGCCAUUUUCGUACUUCCUUCGAAAGGGAUACAUCACUCUACGCCUUGGGCUGAAACUCUCGGGUCUUUUCGCUCUUGGUGCUGGGCAGGGUCUAAUUGGCUGGUGGAUGGUCAAAAGUGGUCUAGAAGAGCCACCAUCUGAAUAUGCUCAACCAAGGGUAAGUCCAUAUCGUCUUGCGGCUCACCUGACGUCAGCCUUUGCCAUAUACUGUGGCCUUUUCUGGACUGCUCUUUCCGUCAUUAUGCCGGAGCCACCUGCUGAAUCUAUAGCUUGGGUUCGUGGGGCAGCAAAAGUUAAGAGACUUGCCCUUCCUGUAAGCUUGCUGGUUGGUGUUACAGCCAUCUCAGGAGCCUUUGUCGCAGGAAAUGAUGCUGGACAUGCAUUCAAUACUUUUCCAAAGAUGGGGGAUACAUGGAUCCCUGAUGAUAUUUUCGAAAUGAAGCCACUAAUGCGCAAUUUCUUUGAGAACACAUCAUUAGUGCAGCUUGACCACCGCAUUCUUGCAACCGCUACUUUGGUCGCAAUCAGCGCUCUUUGGUGGUCAACCAGAAAGCUAGACAUACAUCCAGCAGUUCGAUCUUUGAUUGGAAGUACUAUGGGCAUGGCUGCUCUUCAGGUUACUUUAGGGGUAUCGACGCUUCUAUCGUAUGUGCCUGUCUCGCUAGGCACUGCACAUCAAGCUGGCGCUCUGACCCUUCUCACCCUCAUGCUCCUGCUAAAUCACACGGUGCGUAAGCCGUCGCUGUCCCUUCUCAAAUCUCUUCCUCAGAUCGUGAAGCCAACAACUACAUGACCGCAGUCUGGCAAUUUUUGUAAGGCUAUUUAUUCAAGAGCGGCGAUUAUUUACUGAUCGUGUUACGACUAUUACACCAACAACAUGAUCUUGUUCUAGUCCUCGGAGUGCCAUCGCCGUUGGGUCGCUUUCGACUUCGCAACCUAACAAGUCGAAAUGUGAGAAAAGAACGUUUCAUUGACGUAGUAUCGAUUGACUAACAUUUGCAUAGAUUUCUACGAUAGUGGAGAGGUAUUUGUGGAA